AUGAGCGACACCACUUCGGCCAACGACAUCACGUCGAUCCCGGCAGCCGUCGCCCCGACGCUUCCGGCCAUGGGGACGCCCUCCUCUCCUGCAUUGGCAUUGUCUGGCAUUCCCGCCACCGGCGGCCCGGUGCUCCCUGCGAUGGCGAUGCCCUCCUCUCAUACACUGGCAACGUCGAGCACCACUGUCGCAGCACUCUCCUCCGCCGCGCAGGCCUUGAGCGCCGUCAACAUCAAGGCUCUCGUUCCGUACACCCUCGACCUGCAGGCCAACAACUACAAGAAGUGGAGUGUGCUGUUCACCAUCGUUCUCGGCAAGCAUGGCCUCCACCAUCAUGUGGACCUCGGCGAAGGCGAAGAGCACGACCUCGACAAUGAAGAAUGGACCCUCGCGGACUUUACUGUCCUGAUGUGGAUCUACUCGACCAUAUCUGAGGAACUCUUGUAUACGGUGAUGGCGCCAGAAAGCACCGCCUACGGUGCUUGGUUGCGCCUCGAACAACUUUUUCUGGAGAACAAGCGUGCUCGUGCCAUCCACCUCGAGGCGGACUUCAGAUCCUUGGUGCAAGGUGACCUUUCGGUCACUGCAUACUGCCACCGCCUUAAGGAGCUGUCCGACGCCUUGGCUGACGUCGACCAGCCCGUAACGAACGAGACACUCGUGCUGCAGAUGAUACGCGGCCUCAACCCCAAGUUCUCCACCAUAGGUACAAUCUUACCCACGCAGCAACCGUUUCCUACCUUCAUCCAGGCAAGAUCUCUACUACUCUUGGAGGAAACGGCUCAGGCCAACGCCGCCCGCAACGCUGCUGCUUCAACACUCGUGGCCGCCGCCCGCCGGUGA